AUGGACCCCUCAGUGCCGUCUCUAGGAGCUUCAGACCUUCCUACACCCCCGCUGUCUCCUCGAAAACGACGCCGCCACCUUCGUGAGUCCAGUGAUGCCGAAGGUGACAUGAGUCUUGAGCGGUACUUACAGCGCGUCGAAGUUUACCGAUCGACCAGUAUCCCCAGUCGGUUUCCUUCGCCGGUGAAACUGGAGUUUCUCCCUUCUCUUGAAAAAGUACUCAGUCCACUCUAUCCUGAAGUCAGUUCGAUAUUGAGCCAACACAAUCUGCCGGGGAUGAUGAUGUAUCGGUGUUGGAGGAUGACCAAGCCGGGGUAUCCCCGUGGUGACAUCCCCGUCGAUAUUUUCAGUGUCCUCCUUGAUACCUCGACUCCAAACAUCUCUCCUCUUGGCCCUAUCAAAGACGAGAUCUUGAGCCUCUUCCGCCGACACAAGGUCAGAGUGCAUGUCGAAAUUUCGAACGACAAGCUCUGCCACCAUCCAACAUUUUUCUCUAUCGCCUCAAACCACCCUCUUGUCAAAGCAUACGACCGAGUCAUGCAGAAUCUUGUCGCCAUCCUGAAGCAGACACUUGGUUCGAACUUCAAUAUGCUAUGCCCCUUCAACGUUGGUCCGAGUGACGCCAAGGCGCAACCGACUAUUGUGGUAUUUGUGGAGCCAUGGACGAUUACAAACUGGUUUGAGCUGCGACUUCAAGUUAUGUCUCGACUCUUGCCACACAUUCAAGCGGACAGCUUUGACGUCGAAUUUUUACCCGGCGCCAUGUCAUUCCUGAAUGGAGGCGGCAUUUCGUUCAUACACAACGUCAAAGAGCAUGAGGUUCCCCGAAUGGGAUCCUCGAUCGGAAUUGAAGGAGACAAAAACGCCGGAACGCUUGGCGGGUUUGUGACAUUGACUCACGGUGAUGUCGUUCGUAGAGGUUUUUUGACCAAUUACCAUGUGGUCAGGCCAUCGCCGCCCCAAUGCCCCUCUGGCAGCAACGAUUUUCUCCAAAGUCUCGACCGUUUCGGCUCCUCCACUGUGCGCCCUCUGGCCAACAAAAUCACGAUGGAAUCGCCAUCUGGCCUUGAUAAAGACGCCACCGCUGCCCAAAUUUCCGAGCACUUGAAGGUAAUGCGCGAACACGAGACUGAACUGAAUGCCAAGGUGCAAGAGCGAGAGCUACUCGGAGUUACACCAAAUCCCGGACUCCUGGAGACGCUUUCAAUUACAAAAGAUUCAAUCCAAGAGGCGUUGCUUCUACGUUCAGUCGUCGACCGAAUGCCGUUCCGCCUAGGUGAUGUUCAGUUUGUCUCAGGACAUGAGGUGCGUGAUGGUCACGUUCUAGACUGGGCAUUCGUCCAGAUGUCCGAAGCCACCGAGCCAAAGUUCUUCAGGCCAAAUUUCAUGCCAUCGGUCUCUAAGGAUUACCAGCCAGAGAAAUGGAGCCCGUCUCAAAAGUCUGCAAUCUGGCAAGGAAAGAAACCUCUCAGUGAGUUUGGGUUACUUAAAGAUGGGGAUUGGUGUUGCAAAAAGGGUCGCACGUCUGGCUUUACUGCAGGUACAGUGAACGGCCCAAAAGCAUACUGCAACUGGAAUGGCCCUGGAGUAAGAUAUACUCCGAAGGGAGAAGCAAAGGAAAUGCGUGCUCUUGAAACCCAAGAGUUCGUUAUUGUGGGCAAAAAAGCUGGAGUUAAUGAGGAAUGGUUCUGCAAGGAUGGGGACUCUGGUUCAUUCGUUCUCGGUGAGAGUGGAGAGGUCAAGGGUAUGAUUUUGGGGGGUGUUAAGAAAGACAAAUGGAAUGUGGGGCUAGUAUCGAACAUGCCAGAUGUCAUGGCUUCGAUCCAGGAGAAGAUGGGAGGGUCCGUUACAUUGAGCCUUCCGGCUUGA